AUGGCCUCAAGCACUUUCAGCCCAGACUCUCCGCCAAUAGACGGCCCAGAGAGAGCAGAGCAGACAGGCGCGGCCUGCGGGCUGGGGGCGCGGUCCGGGACCUGGCUGCCUCCGCGUGCUCCCCCACCUCUGCUAGACUGCUGCGCCGCCGCUCGCCGGCCCCUCUCGACCCCGGCCCUCAGCUGCGCUACCCGCGAUUCUGCGAGCUUGCCAUCAACAGGUCACGAUAAGCAGGGGCGCAAGUGGUUUUACUCAAUGGUUCAUUUCAAGAACAGGUACAUGGUGAUGGAGGUCUUUAUCGACGCUAGCAGAGGAGAGGCUGAUCCUGUCAUCCUCACCCAGUUCAACAUAACCAAAGUGAUCAGAGACAGCAUCCAGCUCAACUUUGGGGAAUGUGGCCUAGCUGCAUCUCUUGGAUCAUUGCAAGUGAAGUAUGUAAAUCCUGUGACGAAGCUUUGCGUAAUCCGAGUGUCGCGUGAAGAUCACCAGAAAGUGUGGGCUGCUAUCACAAUGGUGAAGAGCAUUGGGAAGAUCCCAGUAUCGUUCAACCUCUUGGAUGUGAGUGGAAGUAUCAGGGCCUGCAAGAAAGCCGCGCUGGAGUGCGAAGAAGCGAAGUUUGAGCAGUACAAGCUGGCUGCUGGUGACCGUAUGACGCAGGAGAUCAUCGAAUCCAUGCAGAGUUGCUUUGCCAAACUUAAAGGAUUAGACAGUUAG